AAUGCCUACCAGAAAGCCCGCGAGGCAGACGGCCGCUCGGGUGCUUCCUCCGCGACCUGCCGAUUCUACAAAGAGCUGGACGCGAUACUUGGGGGUGACGCCACCUCCACUCCAAGCACCACCAUGGACACUUCAGAGCGGGAGGAGGAGGAGCAGGAAAGUGGGAGUGAGGGUGCUGGGGCAGGGGGAGACACCCUGGAAUCCCUGGAGGCAUGCAGCCAGGAGCUCUUCUCGAGCCAGCAGGCAGGUAGCCAGUCGCAGUGGUCGGUACUUGGUGGAGGACAAACAGAAGAGCAGGUUCCCGAUGCAACCUUGAGAUCUCAGCAAUCCAUGUUAUCACCGGCCGAGAGACUGCAAAGUCUCAGGAAGAGGCCACGAAAAAGCGAAGGAGACAUGCUGCAAGAAGUGAUGCAGCAAUCUCUUAAAGAGAAUCAAAAAGCGCAGGAGUGGAGGGAGAGCAAAAGCAGGAUCCACCAGGAAAACGCAGUGCACUGGCGGCAAAGCAUGGCGCUCCGGCAGCAAAGCACCAAUCAGCUGAUAAGCAUCAUGGAGUGCCAAGCGGACUCUAUCCAGGUGCUCGUAGCCAUGCAGGCGGAGCACUACUGCUUGUAUCCAGGAUUUCUGUCAGGGGCACGGUGGAUGCGUGGAGCUGAUCAAAGGUUUGUAGCAUCAAAGUCUGUGAUAUCCAUGACAGAAGCUGACAGAACCAUGGAAUAUUCAGAGGCUAUUGUAUAA